CUAUUUCCUCGAAGGUGUACGUGGUUGUAUGUCAUGAACAAUUGCUUAUUAUCAAUAUCUGGUAAAGCUUCUCAGCUUUAUUCCCAUAAUCUACCAGGGCUCUUUGAUUAUGCAAGGCAAAUGCAAAAGUUACCUGUUGCUAUUCCAGCACAUAAACUCCCUGACCGAAUACUUCCCAGGAAGUUUGCAGUGUCUACAAAAAUCCCUGAUACUAAAUGGUGUCAGAAGUGUUGUGUGGUGAGGAAUCCCUAUACGGGCCACAAGUACCUUUGUGGAGCACUACAGUCUAGCAUUGUUUUGUUAGAAUGGGUGGAACCAAUGCAAAAAUUUAUGUUAAUCAAGCACAUAGAUUUUCCUGUACCUUGUCCACUGAGAUUGUUUGAAAUGCUGGUAGUCCCUGAGCAGGAAUUCCCUUUAGUUUGUGUCGGUGUCUGUAGAGGAAGAGACUUCAACCAAGUGGUGAAGUUUGAGACUGUCAACCCAAAUUCUACCUCUUCGUGGUUUACAGAAACAGACACUACAGAGACAAGUGUUGUACAUGUAACACAGCUGGAGAGAGAUACCAUUUUGGUGUGUUUGGAUUGCUGCAUAAAAAUAGUGAAUCUGCAAGGCAGGUUAAAAUCCAGCCGUAAACUGUCAUCGGAGCUCACGUUUGACUUUCAGAUUGAAUCAAUAGUCUGCCUACAAGAUAGUGUGUUAGCGUUCUGGAAACAUGGCAUGCAAGGAAGGAGUUUUAGAUCAAAUGAGAUCACACAAGAAAUUUCUGAUAAUACGAGGAUAUUCAGGCUUCUGGGAUCUGACAGGGUCGUGGUGCUGGAGAGCAGGCCAACGGAUAACCCAACGGCCAACAGCAAUUUAUACAUCCUGGCAGGGCAUGAGAACAGUUACUGAGAAGAGUGGACACAGGCAGCUCACCACGCCAAGAGGACACUCCUGCUGCAGCAGCGGUCAUGGCUGGCUGAAACUGCACAAAAGCUGCAGUAUCCCAACUUCAGUUACUUUAUAAUUUAUUGUGGCAUGAGAGGAAGACGGGAAUUGUUUGUGGUAUGGACACAUAAGCAUUAUGCUACCACAGAAGUGCUUAAUUUACUGUUAUGUAAUCUUUGUACAUAUGCAGUACUUUUCAGUGAAACUUCUUGCUGAAGACCUACACUGAUUUUCUGUAGAUAGUGGUCCUCCUGUUCAGUACAAGUGUCUUACCUGUACAGAUGUAAAAGUCACUGAGGAUGAAAUCGGGGUACUAUUUUAAGGACUUCUCCUGUGUUUAUUAUCAAGUGGGAUGCUAGCAGCAAACAUAGUACAUUUAACAACACUAUUGUAUUUUAUUAUAUGUAAUUUACUAAUACAAAUAAAUCUAAGCUUUUAGUAAUUG